AUGUCCGAUACAGCUGGCAAGACCAUCACCUGCAAGGCGGCCAUCGCCUGGGGCCCCGGCCAGGAGCUCUCCUACGAGGACGUUGAAGUCGCACCGCCCAAGGCCCACGAGGUCAGAAUCAAGAUCGCCUACACCGGUGUCUGCCACACAGACGCCUACACCCUCUCAGGCAAAGACCCCGAGGGCGCCUUCCCCGUCAUCCUCGGCCACGAGGGCGCCGGCAUCGUCGAGUCCGUUGGCGAGGGCGUCACCAACGUCAAGCCGGGCGACCAUGUCGUGGCCCUCUACACGCCCGAGUGCAAAGAGUGCAAGUUUUGCAAGUCGGGCAAGACCAACCUCUGCGGCAAAAUCCGUGCCACCCAAGGGAAAGGUGUCAUGCCUGAUGGGACCUCCCGGUUCAGGGCACGGGGGCAGGAUAUCCUUCACUUUAUGGGGACGUCGACUUUCUCGCAGUACACCGUCGUGGCUGACAUCUCUGUUGUCGCGGUGCAGCAGGAUGCGCCGAUGGAUAGGACGUGCCUGUUGGGGUGCGGGAUCACGACGGGUUACGGUGCGGCGAGGAUCACGGCGAAUGUGGAGGAGGGGAGCUCGGUUGCCAUCUUUGGGGCGGGGUGUGUGGGCUUGAGCGUGAUUCAGGGCGCGGUGGCGAACAAGGCGGGGAAGAUUAUUGUUGUGGAUGUGAACCCGAGCAAGGAAGAGUGGUCGAGGAAGUUUGGGGCGACGGAUUUUGUGAACCCGACCAAGCUGCCCGAGGGGCAGAGCGUGGUGGAAAAGCUGAUUGAGAUUACGGAUGGGGGGUGCGACUACACGUUUGACUGCACGGGGAAUGUGAAUGUGAUGAGGGCGGCGUUGGAGGCAUGUCAUAAGGGGUGGGGGCAGAGUAUCAUUAUUGGGGUUGCGGCGGCGGGGCAGGAGAUUGCUACUAGACCGUUCCAGCUUGUCACUGGUCGUGUGUGGAGGGGUAGCGCCUUUGGCGGUGUCAAGGGCCGGUCCCAACUUCCUGGGCUGGUGCAGGAUUAUCUUGAUGGCAAGCUCAAGGUGGAUGAGUUUAUUACCCACCGCAAGAAGCUGGGCGAGAUCAACGAGGCGUUUGAGGUUAUGAAGCAGGGUGAUUGCAUUCGUGCUGUUGUCACUAUGGACGAAUAA